AUUUACGUAGCAAUUUUCGAAACCUAUCCCAGCAAGUUAACCCCCAAAAUGGCCGAACUCUAUAUCAACGAUGGUGAUCUGAGCGCCCUGAAGGGCAAGGUUGUCAUUGUGACAGGAGGCUCGUCCGGAAUUGGUCUCGCGACCGUGCAACUGCUGCUGUCUCUAGGUGCAUCUGUCGUCAAUGGCGAUGUGGCCCCACCGACUGAGUCGCCCUCUGGAAGCUUCACCUUCGUCCAAACCGAUGUCGCCAACUGGGCCCAGCUUAAUGCCCUGUUCAAGAAGACCAAGGAGACAUAUGGCAAGAUCGACCACGUCUUUGCCAACGCCGGACUGGGUCCCCGGGCUGACUACCUGGCCACUGCGGUGGACGAGAAUGGCGACCUCAAGGAGCCCUCGUACGACCUCUUGGACGUGAGCUUGAAGGGUGUCAUUAACACCGGCACCCUGGCCAUCUACUACUUGCGCCAGCAGCCCGAGGGUGGCAGCAUUGUUGUCAAUGCUUCCACCAUGGGGAUCCAGCGGUGCCGUGCCGUAGACUAUGCAACGGCCAAGCAUGCUGUGCUUGGGUUCGCCCGCGGCCUGCACCCGCUGCUGGGCGCGGCCAACCUGCCCAUCCGCAUCAACACCAUCUGCCCGACAUGGACCGAGAGCAGCGUCCUUCCGGGCCUGAAGGAGAUCAUGGCCAAGAUCAACGUCGAGAUCCAGCCUGCCUCUGCCGUCGGUCGUGCUGCGGCCCUGCUGAUGGCCGAUACCGCGCGCAAUGGCCAGGCCAUCCAGGUGCAGACGGGCAAGUACAAGGAGAUUGACGAGAGCACCCUGCUGCCCGCCGCUGAGGCCAUCAGGGGGCCCGACUACCCUGCCGAGGAUGACGUCCUGCGGCGUGCCCUGGAAGUUCUGGCGGCUGGUGCACAGGCUUAA